AUGGCCCCCAUGGCGCCGAGGAAACGCGCCAGAUACUGCUGCGGCCUCUGCGGCCUCCCAAAGAAGGGCCAUGUCUGCCACUUCGCCGGCGGUUCGUCUUCGGCGCGGCUGGUGCAGGGCCGAGAAGAAGCGCCGCCGCCCAGGGACCCUCCUGCUGCUGGCGCCAAGAAGGAGGAGGUCACCAUCAUCACCGCCCGCACAAAUGCCAUCUCCAAAGGCUGGAAACACGUCUGGCGCGACUACACCCCGCUCAACCUCGACGACCGCGACCUCCACAAAAUGGCCUGGACCGGAGACAACCUAGUCGACCUUAUCUCAGACAUCCUCGAGGCUCCACGCGAGGUACGCGCCCGUCGUCUUUCUCUCAGCACGCUAUGCCAGCACUCCGGCGAUCGAGACCGCUACCCCAUCUUCGACCGCUGGUUCCGAUCCAAGGUUCUGGAUCACCUCGAGGAUUUUCAUUUCAGCUACCAGCGGGUGAACAACACCGAACCACUACAGGAUGGCGAGUUGAUGCCGCCGCUGCCGCCAUCCGCGCUGAGCUUUUCCUCCCUCCGCGUCGCCAGCUUUGGUUGCUGCCAUUUCCCUGAGAAUAUCUUAGCCUUGGGCGGCAUCACUUUUCCAUAUCUCAUCGAGCUCACACUCUGCCGGAUAACAAACUCCGAAAACACACUGCACGCCAUGAUAGCCGCAUCUCCAAAUCUUGUCUACUUGUACCUUCACAGAAACUAUCACUUCCGUCGCGUCCACAUCAGCUCGCAAACUAUUGUAAGGUUCCGCAUGUUUGUUGACCCAGACAGUGAUGUGAUGGAAGAACUCCUCAUCGUCAACACUCCAAGCCUAGAGGAAGUGAUGCUCUGGGACCAAGGUGAUUGUGGUCCACGAAUCAUACGUGUCCUGGUUGCCCCAAAACUUCACAUCUUGGGUUGUCUGCACAGCGACAUGAUGUCCACCGUACAGCUUGGGAAGACAGUACUCCAGGUAUAUAUGUAUCUAGGAGCCACACAGGGCAUCUGUAUAUAUCAUUCUUUUGCAAUCUUACUUAUAUACAUAUUCUUUCGUGCUUUGACGAUCCAGGCAAUGGUAGACAGCAGUCUAGUGUCAUCACUGCAUAAUGUAAAGGUCUUGAAGCUUGUUGUCCAUGGUCUUAGGUUAAAUCAUGUCAUUGACGUCCUCCAAUGCUUUCCUUGCUUACAACAGCUUCACAUAAAUACAUUGAUGAGCCAUGUUCCAAACAAGCAGAACGACAAUCCAGCUGCUACUACUGUUGAGUGUGUUGAUAGACAUUUAAAGCAAGUAGUAGUGAGAAAUUAUUCAGGCAAGAAACCAGAUUAUAACUUUGCCAAGUUUUUUGCUUUGAACGCAAGAGCGCUAGAGUCCAUGAAGCUCCAUGUCCCUUUUAGCUGGAACAACGAAUGGCGCUCUAGACAACGUAUCAAGAUGGAUUUUAAGAACAGAGCUUCUCCAAAUGCUUUUGUUUAUUUUGAGGGCACCGAGUGA